AUGGCAUCAUCUAGCGGUAGAGUGGUUGUACCCCUGACUAGAGGGGGAGCCCAGGCCCCUACUGCUCAUGCUUCAGGGCACAUUGCUGCUAUUUAUCAAACCUCAAAGGUACUACUUGCAGGCGAAGUUCAGCCGGUUGCAGUGGCUAGAGCAAAGACUAGAUCGGUCGCGACCAUCGAGGAGCAGAAAGAUGCAUCAGUACUAUUUGAUACAAGAUCUACCAAUUCAUAUGUAUCCUCUCAUUUUGCUCCUUAUCUGGAUGUAUCUCGUGAGUCCUUAAGUAUUUCUGUGUUUGUGUCCAAGCUGGUGAGUGAUUUUGUCAUUGUGGAUCAGGUUUACCUGUCCAGUGUGGUGUCUUUAUAUGUGUAUGAUACCAGAGCAGACCUUUUAUUGCUCGAUAAUAUUGACUUUGAGGUUAUCCUUGGCAUAGAUUGGUUGUCUCCGCAUCAUGCCAUUCUUGAUUGCUAUUCCAAGAUUGUUACAUUAGUGAUGCUAGAGUGGCCUAGACUAGAGCAUAGAUAUUCAUCUAGUAGUGCAUCCAGUUGGGUUAUUUCUUUCUUGAAAUCUCAACAUAUGGUUGAGAAUGGUUGUUUGGCCUAUCUGGACUUUGUUCGAGAUACUGCUAUGGAGACUCUCGUGAUAGAUUUAGUGCCUAUGGUGAGGGAGUUUUCUGAUAUAUUUCCUACUGACUUACCAGGCAUGCCAUUGGAUUGUGAUAUCGAUAUCGAUAUUGAUUUGGCGUCAGGCACCCAGCCUAUCCUAUUCCGCCUUAUCAUAUAG